AUGUCUUCCAGCACAGACUUCAGCCCAUCCCGCCUGGUUGAGAUCACCAGAGACGGGGCGGGAAAGAUAUCGAUUCGGCUGAGGUACCGUGAUGAUAUUAGCCAUGCCAUCAGAUACGCAACUCUGAGUCACUGCUGGGGUUCGUUCAUGCCUAUCAAACUUAAAAAAUCCAAGAUAGCUCAGUACCGUGAGCGAAUCCCACUGAAGGAGAUAUCCCCCGUCUUCCGCGAUGCUAUCGAUGUCUCAGUCGCCUUGGAUAUCUGGUAUAUCUGGAUUGACUCUUUGUGCAUACUUCAGGACUCAGAGGAAGACUGGCAAACAGAAUCAGCGACGAUGUGCGACGUCUACUCUUACUGCCAUCUGAAUAUAGCGGCAGAUGGCUCGGAAGAAGGAUCACGGGGACUUUCCCGAGAGCGAGAUACCGCGCUGCUCAACCCAAUCCACAUCGUCAUAAAGAAUAAUGGUACGCCGAGUGAAGAUUAUAGUCACUUCAGUUCGAUGAAACCUGGCAACUAUCUUCUCUUUGACAUGUAUUCCUGGAAACACGAAGUCGACGACGCGCCAUUAGGGAAGAGAGGUUGGGUGAUUCAAGAGCGCGCACUGUCUCCCAGAACGAUCCAUUUCGGCAAAACCCAGAUAGCGUGGGAGUGUCGCCAGCUGGCUUGCAAUGAAGUCUUCCAAGACGGCUUCCUCACAGGCACCAUCCGGCGCCGAGAAAAAGGCUUUUUGUCGACAUAUAAAAUGAACACAAAGGCGAUGAAACUAUAUAAGCAGCUGAAGGGCGAGCAGGAUCGACAAGAUAAGCUGGAUGAUGAAAUUCACCGCGAAUUGGCUGCAAUCUGGGGUGACCAAAAGACUUUUGGUGACAUUAACUCGGGCAAGUGGCAUGAAAUUGGGCUUCGCCGGAAUUCGAUCGCCGAAAUCUCCCUCUCGUCCGAUUUUCAGCCCUAUGAUCUAGCAGGCCUCGAAGCCGGUCUUCUCGACGAGCUUCGUCUCUCACGGCGAACCAGAGCUGAGAUUCGACAGUGGGACGAGACCAUCUCCCCUACAAAUCUGAAGCCACCUCGUUACAAGUAUAUGAGCUUCAUACAGCAAAAUUGGUGCGACCUUGUCAAAGCAUACACGGAAUGUAACCUUUCAUAUACGAGCGACAAGCUUGUCGCCAUCGCGGGAAUGGCACAGGUUAUAUCCCGAGUCACGAAAUGCCAAUACCAGGCGGGGCUUUGGAGGAAGGACUUGGAACACCAAUUAUUGUGGAAAGUGGAAUUGCCAUCGCCCGCGGUGGUGAGAGACGGGACCCGCGACCGUCCUUCCUGGUCAUGGGCCUCUGUGGACGGCGGAGUUGUGUGGGAGGACUGGUCUGGCGGAUUCUAUUCGGGAAUCAAGACGAUCACGCCCGAUCUGUUCGGUCAAGUCGCCUCAGGCUCGCUCGUCAUCACGGGCCCGCUCGGUGUUCUCAAAGUGACUGAAAACAAGAGCCCCAAGCCGAACAUGUCAGGCGACGUAUUGGAAGCUUGCGAUCACGGCGCAGAUAUCUUCUGGGACUCCAAAGAAUUUCAUGAGCGAUUCGGCAGCGAGAGAACCUCGGCCAUAUGGAGCUACAAGACUUACCACGCGGCUCCCGCUCGCAACGCAUCCAGCUAUGGCGAUGACGUGUUUUUCAUGCCUCUUCGUAUUAUGGACUACGAUUACUUCAAUUACGAUUACGAGGCACCCAUAGCUCCAGGGGCUUCUCCUGCUGCCCUGCAUCGACGCCCAGGGCACAUACCAACGGGUCGGUCAACUCACCAUAUCUGCACACGCGCAUCGAGAGGCGUUCGAGGGAGGGAAAUGGCCUCUUCAGUCUAA